AUGUACAUACCCUAAUGGAGUAAAUACCCAUCGGGUAUCGAGUCGUGGGUACCCAUUGCCAUCUCUAGAAGGGAACCAGGACCACAAGUCGAUAAUGUAGCUGACAUGGAACAAUUUCAGUAUGUAGAAUGCAAUACCUGCUUUUUAAGCAGUCAGAAAAAAGAAGAAAUUUUGGGGUUAGACUGAAGCUGAACCUCAAGCUUCAGGGUCCAUGUUGAUUGAUCCCUCGCCGUGAAAUUAGGGAAACAAACAAAUUCCUUAGGAGCCCAUGGGUAGUUUGAUUUGAUGCCAGUGAACACAGACGUUGUUCAAAACCAGAUCUCCUAAGUUACAACUUUAUUGGCUCUAGUGGACUUCCCUAAGAAGUCUGAUCGCUGUGACUAAGAGUAAUCAAUUGUUCUCUAAUCAGCUAUGCCCUUUUCAGAAUACGGUGUGUGUCUUGAUUUGGAAAUUGUCGUAGGUCGGCUAGCUAAAUCAACAGCCAAAAUUUAGUUUAUUCAGUAGCUAUAUUGGGGACCUCCUCAUGUUUCUGAAAAAAGAUAUACUGUUAUGUUGCACUAUGAAUGAGAAACUGUCGAAUUAUUUUCUGCUUGUUCAUCAGAGUUUGGUAAUCUUCUUCUUCUUCCGAGUUAUGCAGAUUAGGUUGAUGUCUUUCAUGAGACUAUUGCCUCAAAGGCUACCCCAACUUAUCAGGCAGGUGGAGCAAGAUGUUGAGACUGUAAUCCACGUUCUCCAGCCAGGUCCAAUAGGAAUUGUGGAGCACAAAUUCACAGACACGGAGAUCUUAGAGGCCAGGGCUACAGUGAAAAGAGCAGUGGAUAAUUGGCGAAGAAAUUGGACCCUUGAGAAAAAUGUUGGCAGAUAAAUGGAAAUAAUAUACCCCUUGUGUCUUCUAUCAACAGUACUUGAAAUAAAUAGGAUGCUAUGGCUGGAUGCAGCUGUUGCCAUUAGUUAGAUUUGAGCACGAUCUGCUUAUCGGGAGUUAUGUUAACUGUUCUAAAUGAUCAGUCUGCCUCUCUUUGUUUCAUGGUUUGAAACGUUCAUAUUUAGAGAAUUUCUUUUUGUUCAUUGCCUUGUCGGCAGCCGGCUGUCAUAUUGAAUGUGAUCUUUCUUUUGAUGCUUCAA